UGACAUGAGCGCUGGACGCACCGGGCAAAACUUCUGUAUUAUGCAGCUAACAUGCUCGCUGCUUUUCCUGGGGAUAUUCGCCAUCCGUACCAUCUCUUGUCAAGGUCAAGUGGACCCCCUCGCCUUGGGCCGGGCGGAUCCCCAGUGUUGGGAGACCUCCACAGCUAUCCUCUUGGAGAUGAAGAAGCCCCGGAUAGCAGAUUCUGUGUCUGGAUUCUGGGAUUUCAUGAUAUACCUGAAGUCGUCUGACAACUUUAAGCACGGCGUCCUCUUUUGGGACCUAGCACAACUUUUCUGGGACAUCUAUGUGGACUGCGUGCUCUCCAGAACACACGGCCUGGGGAGGAGGCAGCUGAAGGAAGGGGAGAAGAAAUAUUUGAUUUCAGAGAUCACAUCAAAAACAUUUUCCCACAACCGAAGAUCGCUGCUCCCGGGUCAAAAAGAACUAAUUGAACAGUUAAUAGGCGUCCACAUAAACAAGAGUGAAUCCAGAUUACUCAGCACCAUCAUACGAGGCAUCAAGAGGAAAUAGUUUAAGAAUGAAGUGAGACCAAAAUGACAUUUUUUUUUCUCCAUAUCAUUAAAAAGAAUGAACAUUGUGCGAAGCAUUGUGUCAUGCAUUCAUUAUCAGGCUGCACUUGGAUUACAUGCACUGUAUAAAUAACUUUGUUUGAUACAAAUGCCUUACAAAUAAACAGCAAUUAAAAA